GAUCUCGUGAGGUGACCUUCACCGUGCCCCCGACCGUCUCCCCGCUGUCCCCCCGCCGCGCCCUCGGGGACUGCUCGCCCCUCUCCCCCCGUCGGCUGGGCUCGGGCGACACCACCCCCGUCGGGAGCCAGGCGGGGAGUGAGUAUGGGGGGGACUCCCGCACCACCACCCCCUCCCCAGGACUCCUCAGAGGCUCGUUCACAGACAUCCCGGCUGUUAGCGGAGCGGCGUGCAGUCUGGGCGCCAUCAACCCCGAGCUCUACAAGACGGACGAACUGGAAGGCGAGUACGACCAGUAUCCGGACGACCACAUCGGGCGCGUGUGGCUUCAGCUGGAGUAUUUCAGCGACUCGGAGAAGCUCCUCGUCAAUCUGAUCAAGGCUAAAAACCUGCCGAGCCGCCUCAUCGGUUCCAUCAACGCGUGCGACCCUUACGUGAGCCUCGCCAGCUUGGACAACUCGAAAUGACUCUCUGCUACAACGACAACUUGGAGCGCCUCACGAUCACCGUCGGGGCGGCCAGGCAACUGAAGGUAGAGGACGACCGGUCCGACAAAAAUGAGUUUCAGGCCCGAAUUGCUCUCAUGCAGCAAACCAAGGUGACUAAAACAAAGAAAACGGGUGUGGUGAAAGGCACAGACUCGCCUUCCUUCUACGAGAGUUUUAACUUCAAGGUGGCACCAGAUGCCCUCGAUACAACUGCAGUGUGUGUUACUGUUACUGUCGGAAAAAAGUCUGAUAACGUUGUGGGUCGAGUUCAGCUGGGUUCUUUCAUGUUCUCCCGCGGGAAGGCACUCGAGCACUGGGACCAGAUGGUAGCCAGAAAGAGGGAGCACGUCAAACAGUGGCACACACUCUCUUAGGCUAUUCUCAUAGGCUCUGUGUUUCCUUUUUUUCCUUCUUUUUAGUCUGAACUCCCCUCCUUCUCCUCGUCCUCAUCUUCAUCCUCCUUCUUCUCUUCCUCUUUCUUC